AUGACUUUUUCUGCUUCCAAGUAUGAUUUAUAUUUCAAUAUAGAUCACACUAAAACCCAUUUCGAAGGUACCUGUAAAAUAACUCUAAAAUGUAAAAUAGAGCAAGAAGAAAAAAACGAAAGUGUUAUUAUUUUAAACGGAAAUGAAUUGGUUAUAACAGAAUGUCGUUUAAAUGAUACAACACCUGAGAUUAAUUACAUUAAAAAAGAUCAUCUUAUCCAACUAUCAUUUCCCAAUGGUAUCAUAAAAAAUAACGAUGUUUUGUUUAUAAAAUAUUUAGGUAAGUUGAAUCAAAUUAAAACUUUCCAAGAUAAAACAAUGGGUGUUUUCAAAACUAAUAUCAUGAAUGACCAAAGUGGUAAAGCAGAUUCUAUUGUCAUCUCUACGCAUUGUCAACCAUAUCAUGCAUCAAGGAUUUUCCCAUGUUUUGAUCAAUUACAUUUGAAAGCUAAAUUUAAAAUAACCAUUGAAACUAAUGAUCGAUUCAAAGUAAUUUCGAAUGGUUCAGUUAUUGUUAGAGAGCUUAGGGAUGGUUUGCAAAUCGUUGAAUUCAGUGAGACACCAUAUUUACCAGCGUGCUUAAUUGGCUUUUCCAUUGGUGAUCUUCAAUUCAUUCAGUCUGAAGUACUAACCAGUUCUAAUACUAUCACCACAUUAAGAUUUUACUCUCCGUUGGAAAUUGAGCAUUGUACUUUUGCCUUGGAUAUCGCCACCAAAUACUUUCCUAUACUAAAUAAUAUUUUAUUUCCUACAUAUUAUCCAUUGGAUAAAUUAGAUUUCGUAUUAUUACCAUUUUUGUCAGAUAUGGCUAUGGAAAACUUUGGUAUGGUUACUUUUCAGAUGGAUUAUAUUCUAUUAUCUUCGAUUACUAAUCCUAAACAAUAUCAGCAGUUGGAACAAUUGAUCGUUCACGAAAUGGUUCAUCAAUGGAUAGGUGAUUUAUUAACAUUUAACUCUUGGAAGCAUUUAUGGUUUAAUGAAAGUUUUGCUACCUGGUUAGCUAAUGAACUUUUAGAAUAUGUUUGGACCAGUCCUGACUAUUUAAAGACACACUAUUUUCCAACUAUUUCGCAGCUAAGCACCCAUUCAAUUAAAGAUACGCUACCCGUCGCAGCUGAUGGUAAAUCCACAGAUGAAUUGUUUCAACCUCAAAGCUAUAUCAAAGGUGUGCCCAUGCUUAGAGAAUUAAUUGGAUAUGUUGGUAAAGAAAAUUUUAUCAAGUCUUUGGAUACGUUUUUAGACGACUAUGAAACACCAAUUGAUCCCAAAAGCAUUUGGUGCAACCUCGGCGUUGAAAAUUUAUACAACUGGUUUAUUGCAAGUAAAGAAUCACCGAUUUUUCAUAUUAGAGACGAAGGGACCAGUUGGGGAAUCGACAAAUCAGACUUGAACAGGUUUGGAGAUGUACCAAUUUUCUUAAAUAAAGAAAAGGAAAAUACUUUGGCCAGUUUAUUAACUCAAAGUGAAAAUGACGCUAAAAAUAUCUUGUAUAACAAAGACAUGCUUGGGCUAUACUGUGUCUCGUAUGAAAGUGCCAACUGUAUUGAUGCUUUUUGCAAUAGAGUAGAUGAACUAAAUGAACAAAGUUUAUACAAAGUUUUCCAAGAUUUGUUAUAUUUUAUUAAUACGCCGUCCAAAGUGAACAACUAUCACGUUGACUUGUGUUUGAAAUUUUUACAAAAAAUGUCUUGUGAUCCCUGUAUGGAAUCUAUAGAUGAAAAAUUUUACCAUUCGAUUUCGAUUGCCCUACAAAUUUUACAAAAAAUUCAAAGAUCUUAUAUCAACAGUGAUUGCAAAUUAAUUAAGAUCAGGGACAAAAUUUUAACACCGUUAUAUAUGAAAUUUAAAUUAAGAUCUAAACUUGUGGAGUUAAGUGAUACGGUCUUUAGAAACCCAUUUGAAUUGGAGAUCCACUCUCAACUUUUGUUUUUGCUAAAAUUGCCUGAAUUAGAUUCGGAAAUUGUCAGUAAUGCCAAAACUUUAUCCUUUGAUAUUUUAAAAUCUUUGAUGCGGGGAUCUCCAUUUAAAAAAGUGCCCUUAGAAAUUAUAGGUGGUGCGCUAGCAAAUUAUUCUCGAUUUUUAACAGACGCAUUAGAAUGGAAAAAAAUUUUAGAUAUUAUGAAAAAUGGCAGACCAUUUGUGUGUCAUUUGUUGAACGAUGCAGGUUCUAAUGCUCAUGUUGCCAUACAAAAUGUGAUUAUUGAAAAUAUCGGAUAUGUUAUUGAACAUGAAUUAGUAGAAAAAACUUUGAAAUUUGUUUAUACCAACAUUGAAUCCACAAGUAUUGAAAUGUUGUUAUUUGGGUUUGUUUAUAAUGCAUGUCACAAAGUUGUUAAUAGUAAACAAAAAAAACAAGAAAAAGAGGGCAAUGUUCAAAGGAGUGGCAGAAACAACAGAAAAUCACUUAAUAAAAGAAAUAACAAGAGCAAAGUUAAUAAUAUGAACACUACGAUGUUUGUUCCGCUAUACUCUGGUGAAUAUGUUAAAGAUAUUUGUUGGAGCUGGUUUGCUUUGAACUUUGAUAAUAUUGCUAGAAGGGCUUGUCGAAAAGGAUCACCAACUAGCGAACAAUUAAAUAAGACUUUGAAAAAUAUUUUUAUGGUUAUUGCAGAAAUAUACUUAUCUGGGCUAUCUGUUACUAGUGAAGAAUAUAGGAAAAAUUCAGAAAAAUUAAAAAAUUUUGUUGUUGCCAAGAAUUGUAAGUUUGGUGAUGAGAUGGAUUUGAAAUCUUUAUUGAAUACGGUUGAAAAUGAAAAAAGGGUUAACGAUGAUGGGCUUAAGAAAGUUUGUAUAGAAAAUGAACAAAGUCUAUUAGUUUGA